AUGCGUCUGACUCAAUUAUUCCCGACAUUUGGGUUGCUGGUUGCAGCCGCCAACGCUGCCCCCACCGGCCCGGACUCCCAGGCCUUUUCGAGGAACUUCGACGGUUUUACCGCCGGACUUGAAGGGUGGGCUAAGAAUGCCUUCGACGUUACUAAAGGGGGCCUCUUCAACGAUGGCUCUUGUACUCCAGACAAGUUGGUCGUCCGUAAAGAAUGGGGUGCCCUCAGCGCCGAAGAGCGCAUCUCCUAUACGGACGCUGUCCAAUGCUUGCAAAGCAAGCCAGCUCGCACGCCAUCGAGUCUCGCGCCGGGUGCCAAGUCGCAUUUCGAUGACUGGGUUGUAGCGCACAUCAACCAAACCUUCAUCCAACACUACACCGCCACCUUCCUCAGCUGGCACCGCUGGUACAUCUGGGAGUACGAGCAAGCGCUCCGCACUGAAUGCGGCUACAUCGGCGCCCAGCCUUACUGGGACUGGGCCAAGACGGCCGAGACGGGGCUGGAAAACUCGCCCAUCUUCGACGGCUCGCCGACGUCCAUGGGCGGCAACGGCGAGUACGUGCACCAGACGGGUGACGUCGUCAUCGGCACCGAAAACCCGGUGCUGCUCGCGCCGGGCUCGGGCGGCGGCUGCGUCAAGAGCGGGCCCUUCUCCAACUACACGGUCAAUCUGGGCCCGCUCAGCCUGUCGCUGGUCAACGGCACCGCCGUCGGCAGCUCGCUGACCGAGGACAAGAGCGACGACUUCUCGUGGAACCCGCGCUGCCUCAAGCGCGACCUGAGCGACGCCGUCAACAAGCGCCACGCCAACGCGACGGGCGUGCUGAGUACGCUGCGCAACUCGACCGACGUGUACGAGUUCCAGAUGAACAUGCAGUCGUACCCCGGCACGGGCGAGCUCGGUGUCCACGGCGGUGGGCAUUACAGCAUCGGUGGUGAUCCGGGAAGAGACUUCUACGUCUCUCCUGGCGAGCCUGUGUUCUACUUGCACCACACCCAGGUCGACCGCACCUGGUGGCUGUGGCAGAUGCAGAACCCGGAAGAGCGCACGCAGGGCCCCAAGGCUCUGAUGGGCACGGGUACCUUCCUGAACUCCCCACCCAGCCCGGACGUCACCUACGACGACUGGAUGGAUCUGGGCUUCGUGACCGACAAGAAGCUCCAGGUCAAGGAACUGAUGAAGACGACCGGCGGGCCUUUCUGUUAUGUGUACGAGUAA